GGUUUGGGGCCGAAAAACCCAUAUCGCAGCCGUGGCAUUCCAAUCGGACGGCAAACAAAGCUUUGUUCACGCGGGCCGUUCUUCCUCACCAUCACACUUCCAACUUCCCGUCCCUUCCCGCCGGCUACCGCCGGUGCAUCCCGCAAUGUCAUUUUUCGAUCUAAGUAUCCCAUACGUCGAGAAAACUGGCGCUUCUGCGCUUGAUAGUUGCAGCCGCCGCGAUUGUCGUUUGCGAACAGUCGCUCGUACUAUGGAGCUCGGCUACACCGCCAUCGCUUACGAUCGCCCCUUUCGCGGAGUUCUCUCCGACGCUGAUAGAUGCCAGAUCGCGCCUUUCCCAGCUCAAUCUUUCCUCGACUCAGUCGCCGGCUGUUCUCCCGCUGCCUUCACAGCCUCCGUCGCGCUCCAUCGAGACCUUCUUGGCGUCCCCCGGGCCUCCCAAUUCCGGCAAUACACCCGCAUAACGGUCUCCGUCGACAGCGCCGCCGCCGCAUCAGCCCUCAACAGUGGGAACCGCCUCUUGAGGAGUUAUGAUCUAGUGGCGGCGCGGCCGUUGAACCAGAUGGCUUUCGAUCAGGCGUGCAAUGCUUCGGAGGUUGAUAUAAUUUCGUUAGACUUUUCUCAGAAACUACCCUUCCGGUUGAAGCUUGCAAUGGUUCAAGCUGCAGUUAAGCGUGGGGUGCAUUUUGAGAUAUCCUAUUCUCAUAUUAUUGCUGGUGGUCAUGCAAGGCGGCAAAUAUUGUCAGAAGCCAAGCGACUGGGGGGAUGGACCCGUGGGAAGAACCUGAUUAUCUCAGGUUCUGCUGUGAGUUUAAAUGAAGUCAGAGGUCCUCGUGAUGUAGCGAAUUUAUCAGCAAUUUUGCUUGGCCUAACUAUGGAGCGAGCUAAAGCAGCUAUAUCUGGAAAUUGCAGGUCCUUGGUCUCUAAUGCCUUGAGAAAGAAAAAUUGCUAUUUCAAGGAGGCUAUCAGAAUAGAAAGGAUAUUACCAGAAGGAAAAAUGGACUCUCAUGGUGACUGGUUUAAGGAAUGGAAUGAUUGGGAUCCUAUAUCCAGUGGGGAGAAUGAUCUCCCCUCACCAGAUGAUAUGGCUAAACUUUUUUCUGCUGCCAGCAAACAUUCUAAAAGUCAAAAUGCAGUUGAUUUUACAUCCUCCAUCAAUGGAAUGGCUCCCAAUGCAUCCAUUUUCUCUAGUACUUAUAAUCUUGAACUUGAUUCUGCUGAUGGAAAUCAUCCUUCUGAUGAAAUUGAACAACGGCAUAACGUCGAUCAUGUUUAUGCGGAAAAAGUGGUGGCAAUGGUUGAUAAGCCUGUUCUCCAUACUACAAAUGAAGAGAUGAAGCCAUGUUUGGAUGAAAAUGGCAUGGGCAUCAAUGUUUUUGAGAAUCCUUCUUGGUCGAUCUCGGAUGACUCGUCUUUGACAGGUUCAGGUCCGACCGGUGUUUAUGGUGCUGGGAUGAUCAACACAUCCAAUAUGGUUAAGGAAGAUGUGGAAAUUACAGAGCAGGUGGAAAUUACAGAGCAGGUGGAUGCUGUUUCUGUUUUCACAGAGUUCCCUAUGAAUGUUAUCAACUCUCUGGAUUGCUCUUUUGUUGGUUCUAGGGAACAGAUUUCCACGGUUUAUGAUGACACAAUCAUCGCCGUGGAGGAGCAUUAUUUAGAAAAAAUGGAGAUCGAGGAGAAAAUUUCAUCAUUAGGUGAUGUGCAACUUAAUGGUUCCCCUAAUAAAUUGGAAGCCUAUGAGCAAUUACUGGUACCAAUUGAACCUAGCACCUCAAAGGAUCCUAACAAACUGGGAGGGCAGGAGCAAUUAACUGUACUGUUAGAACCAAGAAUAUCUGAUGAUGCUCAGGUUAAAUUAGAACAGGACAAUCAGCAAGAUUUUGCUUCAGCCGCUGCAUCAACUUGUGUGAUCUUGUCAAAUAGUUCAGCGAAAUUGGAAAUGCAGGAGAAGGAAAAUGUUUUUGGCAAAAGAAAUAAUUCGAAGGGAUUUGCAACUAAAACCAAAGCCAAAAAGAAGCAUUUUUCUACUGCAGAAAUUCCAGUGGGUGAUCUGUUUUCAGAGGAACUUUCUAUUCCAAUGAAAGAUGAUAAGUUUUUUAUGCCAGAAAAUGAUUCUCUACUGAGUAAAAUAGAAGAGAGAAAUAUACAGCGGCCUGCAAGCACAAAUGGAAUUACUAAUAGACAUCUUCAUAAAUCAGGAAAACAAAGACUCAGAAGAAGAUCACACCAUAGGGGUUAUCUAUUAACUGCCAGAAAUCUUUGUAAGACCGUGCUUUUCAAGAAGAAUACAGGUCGAUUAAGACGAAUGCGCAAGUUUUGUAAGUUAGAACCGUAAUUGUAAUCCAUCCAGGUUUUUUUUUUUGGUUUGAAUGUGCUCUCAUUUUUAUGUUAUUGAUCAUAGUUUUAUUUAUUUUUCCCUCAGUACUUCCAUUAUAUGGUUUUAUCAAGCAAAAAAGCUACUUUAUCAAAAGCCGCCUCAUCAUUCCCUAUAUUUGUUUCUACUUAAUGGUUAUGAAUAUGUUGAGAUUAUUUUUUGAGA